UAUCGUGGCCCUUGCCUUCCUCCUAGAUUCCCCGAGUAUCAUGGAUAUCUCCAUCUCUUCAGAAGCGGAAGAGAGACCAAACGUUAACAACGUGCCAGACUACGUCAGCGAUAUCCACACGUACCUCAGGGAAAUGGAGGUAAAAUGCAAGCCUAAAAUAGGCUACAUGAAGAAGCAGCCUGACAUCACCAACAACAUGCGGGCUAUUCUGGUGGACUGGCUGGUGGAAGUUGGAGAAGAGUACAAGCUCCAGAAUGAAACUCUGCACUUAGCUGUAAAUUACAUUGACAGAUUUCUUUCUUCAAUGUCUGUUUUGAGAGGAAAGCUUCAGCUUGUGGGUACCGCAGCCAUGUUGCUUGCAUCGAAGUUUGAGGAAAUCUACCCCCCUGAAGUAGCAGAGUUUGUCUACAUCACAGAUGACACCUACAACAAAAAGCAAGUUCUGAGGAUGGAGCACUUAAUUUUGAAGGUUCUGUCAUUUGAUUUGGCAGCUCCGACGAUCAACCAGUUCCUCACUCAGUAUUUCCUGCAUCAGCAGACAAAUGCUAAAGUCGAGAGCUUAUCAAUGUAUCUUGGAGAGCUGACUCUAAUUGAUGCUGAUCCUUACUUGAAAUACUUGCCAUCAGUUAUUGCUGCUGCAGCAUUUCAUCUAGCAAGCUAUACGAUCACUGGACAAACUUGGCCUGAAUCUCUGUGCAAGGUGACGGGCUACACCCUUGAACACAUUAAGCCUUGCCUCAUGGACCUUCACGAGACCUACCUCAAAGCAGCACAGCACACACAACAGUCCAUAAGGGAAAAGUACAAGAGCACAAAGUACCAUGCAGUAUCGCUUAUUGACCCACCAGAGACACUAGAUUUGUAAUAAUCAAGAGACUUAUCUUUUAAAUACGUAGAUGUAUAUUACAAGAAAAUGAUGUACAGUUUUUAAACGUGGUUCAAAGUUCUAGGUGUGAUUACUCAGAAUAUUAAUGCAGGUUUUGAUUAGCUUAAUUCUGAAGUUAGUUUUAUGUGGUUUUAAUGUAAAUCUUUUGUACAUGCAGUCUUCUUAAAAUAUGUAGCUAUGUUUUUAUAAGAAUGUUCUCUUGAAGCACAGAAGAGAAGUAACCAUGAAGACCAAGUCAAGUCUGAGACUUAUCUAAUUAUAGACUUAACAGUAAUACUAGCAGUGCAUUAUUAUCACAGGACUUUUUCUCCUUCCAAGUAAGAGGGACUUGAACUCCACAGUGGUAUCUGUAGCAUUUUUACACUCUCUAAUCUAAGCUGAGACUUAGUAUGACUAAACAGCUACAGUACUGGAAGAAUCUAUUGCAAUAAGGAGGACACCUUGCUGAGAUUGACUCUUGUGAGGCUCUCUGGGAUGUGCCGGUUACUGGAAGCCCUGAUUUCUCUUUAAUGGAUUACCUGCUCUUCAUCAUUAAAAGUUCAGAACUCCGCUGCAGGAACUGCACAGCUGAAACCAGUAAACUACAUACAGAAAGUGGUCUUACUAUAGUUAAUUUUCUAGUUAAAGUUAAAACUGAUACUAAUUUUAAACCUGUGGAGUUCCCACUAAUGCUUUAGCUUUUCCAAUAGCCCAUCAAUGUAGUAAAUAAAACCUACGGCCUGCUUACCUCUUUAGGGGUGGUGGAAUGAUUGUACUGCAGGAGAGUGAAUUACUGCUCUGUGCCCUGGAGAGGAGGCGGUGGCUUCUAGGGUGUGUGGGCUGCGUGCAGAAUGGUAUUAAUUCUGUACAUCUCUCUCAACUGGGAAGGAUUCUUCUUGUGGCAUGCAGCAAAAAUGUAAACCAAGUGAUCUUACUUUUCCUUAGUUACUAGAACUGCUACAUGAACAAUCUAGCGUGUGUCAUUUGAUGAAAUGGACAUCUACCUUCAACCUGUAUAAAUGGAGUGAUGCUCCCUGUACCUACUGUUCUUUGUGUAUGUAAAGAAGUGAUGCAAGGAGGUGCUGGAUUUAACUGAGCCAUUUCUAGGUUGGCAAAUAAACAAGUUUUGUACCUGCUCUUAGCAGUCUUGCCAAUACCUUAAAGUCACUACCUCGUAGUAAUACCAUCUUAAAUCAGCACUGUUUUUGAUUCUUUUUGGCAAGAGCUGCCCCUUGCCAAACCUGUGCCCCUUAAACUUCAAGGUGAUUCAACACUGGUUAUCUGCACACCAAAUACUAACAGUAUAAAUUCUACGUAUGUGUGAAGUAGCGGGUGUGGGCUAUUUAAGAAAAAAAGAAAAAGGAGAUAAAAUCAGCAGCCAUCUAUCAAGCUGCCAUAUACGCAUUACUGUGAGACCUUUUACACAUCUAGAUUCAGUUACUGAAAGCUUGCUGUUCUGUCCCACCCUGCUCUGUGGUUCAAGCCCUCCAUGAACCAAUUCAGUUACUAAACUGCUCUAGCCAAGUGACUCAUCCAGUCAAGGCAAAAGUAUGCAACAGAGGCUGCUCUUUAGCUAAAUGUAAGCCUUUUAGGAUGUACUUUAACUCUUCCAUAUAUUCUAAAGUUUAGCAAAGGGCCAUAUUCAUUCUGUUGGUCGAGCUUGUUCUUCAGUAGUCUUCAGUUAGUUUAAUUUCAAUAUCUUGCCACUGGAAAAGCUAAAAUCAGUUGGGAAAGACUGCAGUAUAUCAUGUCUACUGCUUAGUAUUAGAAAUGCUCUACCCUUGCAGGACAGGGAAUAUGUAUAUACAGGAACAUAUGUGCCACAGUUGUGACGUGACUUGGUGACCUUGGAAGGUCAAAUCAAAAAGCUGCAUUGGUCAGUAUCCUUUGAAGAUCACAAUGCUUUUUGUGAGAAACAGGCUUCUGCUUUCACCUUCCUGUGGCAUCUACUGAGUAACUUUCAAGACCGCUAAGAAGCAUGAACAGUGGAAGAGGAGUUAAUUUUAGAGAAGCAUAUUUUCCGCAAAGAGUAGGUAUCAGUGAAGUGAAUGGACAUCAGUAUUAUAGUAUUGAUUUACUGCUUAAUGAAAUGUCUCCUUGCUGUUUUGAAUGGAAGCCAUUCUCCUACUGUUCCCAUAGCACAGAAAAAAAUUCUCCUUUGCUCCCUCAGCUUGCUUUCAGCAGCCAGUAUCUGAUAUGACUUCCUGUACAGCCUUAAUAAUGCCUUAGUCACAGGCUACCAUCGCUGCCUAGUAUGCCUGUGUUCCUCUAUGCUUGCUGACAGAUGCAGUAAUGUUCUUUUCCAUCUUUUCAUUCUCUAAAGCUAAUGUGGGGGAAGAUUCUAGCUCUCACUUCCAUGUUUUGAUUAAAAAAACAAAAAUCCCACGUUGUGCUUUAUUACUGUUUUGCCUAUCUACUGUACCUUCUCCCAUUCUGAAAUAAAGCCUUUUGGAAUGGAGGAUGUCAGCUGUUAAGGAGAAAAAGAAGAUAAAUAGUAGUGGCAAAGUAUACUAGUUGUGUUCUUUAAAAAGGUUAAGGGCUUGUUGCAGAAUAACCAACCUUCAUUCACAUCUGUGCUUGUCUCUUUUUACAUCUUAUUACAGCUUUAGUGGGGAGCUAAUUUUUUUUUUUCCCCACUGUUCAUUUUUAAAAGUGAUGCUGGGAACAUCUGUGACAGCUACUUCUCUCCUGUUCGUGUCAUAUAAAACUGAAAAAAAUAGUCCUACAUUACUCCUGUGAAUAUGUGCAUGUUUCUUAUUUACUUGGUGUUCAAAACAAAGCAGGCAGGUUUGAGACAUCCUCUGUUUUGCCGGAUAUUAAAUUCAGAGCCUAAUUCUUUGAAUAUAAUUCAAGAAAAAUUCAUGUCUGUGCAUGUAAUAUUUAAUUAAACUUUUCAAAAAACUGA